AUGGGCAAGACUGGAGUGGGAAAAACAAUUUUGUUAAAUUCACUUUGUGGAACAUCCCAUAAAACGGACCAAGCAGUCGGAAGUGUUACUCAAAAUCUUUUUCGUAAUGAUGUUAAUUGUGGUGGAUAUCCAUUUUCUUUGAUCGAUACACCUGGAACAGAUAGUCAAACUGAAGCAUACAAACAUGCAUACUUGUUAAAAGAAGCAUUAACAUCAUGCAACAUCAAUACAAUUUUUAUUGUUAUCAGCUUUGAUAAUCGGUUUGAAAGAAUGUUCGACACGUACCUGGAAAUAGAACAAUAUGUUUGCAAAAAUGAUGCUAAAAUUGUUGUGAUGGUUUCUCAUUGGGACAUGUCAAAUAAUCCGACGAGGCAUUUUCGCGAAAUUUGCAAUUUAUUUGACGAUUACUGUUCAAAUAUAAUUUGUUAUUUUCAAAGAAGUGCGAGUAGUCAAGUCGCAAAUUUAAUGUACGAUUGUAUAUCCAAUAUGGACGGAACGAAAUUAGAAAUAUUAGACGACGAUUUUUUUCUCAAAUUUAACAUAUGCGGAAUAAAAGGUCAAAUGAAGAAAGCCUUUGAAGAGUACAAAAGAAAAGCCGAUUUGCUUCAUAAAGAAUGUGCAGACAUUAUUCCUGCUGUGCCUCUUUCAGAACGAGAUGAUGUUUUACCUAUGCUAAUUGUCGAAUUCAAAAAUCAACUGGAUUUAUUAUUAGAAGAGCUUACAAA